AUUUUCUAGUCUACGUGACAUUAGACACAGAUUGCCCGAGAGGACCAAAUGUUUUACAUUCUUCUUUUUGGUCCAACGUAUUCCAAUGUUCUCUCUUCUAAUGGUCUGUCGCUUGAUCAAGCCCAUCAAAAUCAGGAAUAUCAUCGUCGAUGAGUCUCCAAUGAAUAUAUAUAAUGAUUCUCUAUUUACGAG